UGUUUCGCUCCUAGUUUUGGGGCAUGACAGAUUUUGUGGUAUCAGAGCCUAGGUUUAAAUUGAAUACCUAGGAUUUGUUUAGAACUUGGCUAGCCAAUGGAUUAUAGGAACGUGGUUUUGGUCCUGGAAGUGGAAACUUGCUUGGAAAUUCUAAUUCGGGGCACUUGAUUAAUAGUUUAUGAACCUUCUAUGUGAUUAUAAAUGGCUCCAAAACGGCGCGGGCACCCGAGGGGUGGCCAUAAAGAUCAGAGCACUCCUCCAAUCCCAGCUGCUAGCCCCUUUACCCAAGCUGCUCCUCAGGAGGGAGGGACAAGUAAGCCUCAAAUGGCCACUUUUGUUCAAGAAUUUAUGGCGAAGAUGAGACGCCAAGCAUUUUCUGCCAGGAGUGUGCCACCUCCAUCCCAGUGGUUUCCACUCCUAUGGCCCCUGCUCCUAUUUCUCCUGCUCCUAUAUCUUCUGCUCUUGAUGUGCCUAGCUGGAAGGUCUAUAUAGAAUUCCAAAAGGUGGUGACCAAGAAAUUUGAUGGUACCACCGGUUUUGAGUAGGUAGGGUCAUGGAUUACCGAGGUGGAAAGGGGAUUUUGCCUACUGAAGAUUUCUGAUGACCUUAAGGUCGAUGUGGGCAGUUAUAUGCUUACAGGUGAAGCAUUGACUUGGUGGGAGAGAUACUUGAAGCUACACCAAGGAGAGCCUGAAUUGAGCACCUGGAAUGGUUUUAAAAAGGUGUUCAUCGAUAGCAAAAGGCGUGAGCUACAAAGGGAAUUUGCAUAUCUUAAACAAGGGUCACGUACAGUUGAGCACUACAAGGAGUUUGACUGCUAUAUGCCUUUUGUGGGUAGUCAAGUCGGGGAUGAGCAAGCCAAAGCUGAUAGAUUUUCAUGGGGCUUGAAUCCUGACAUUUAUCUGGUGGUGAAUCAAUUCAAACCUACCACUUAUAAAGAGGCAGCAGACAAAGCCAUAGAUCAGGAGAAGGCUAUGGCUAAAGUCAAGACACCAGAUCCGUAAAAAGUUGGGUCAUCCCUUGGGAAGAGAAAAUUUGAUGGGAGCUGUAGACCCUUUAUCUUUGCACCGUCUAAGUCUGAUACUGGCAAGGGUUCUAAAGAGCUAAGGGUUGCCAAGACUGUGGGUCAGGCAUCAGUAGCCCAACAUACUCAUCUUGCUCCACCUAUUUGCCACACUUGUGGUAGAGUUGGCCACACUCGCGACUAGUGUCACAUUACUACUGGGGCUUGCUUCAAAUAUGGCAAGCAAGGACGUCGAGUUGCUAAUUGUUCGUAGCUAGACCCCAGAGCUCAGAGUACUCAAUCUACAUCUCAGCAGGGUUCUACUAAUCAGGGGGCACAGAAAUAGAAUGUCGGGGUUAGGAUGAGAGCCCAGUAGGCGAGAGUGCACGUAAUGACUCACAAGGAAGCUGCGGCUACCGAUGUAAUCAUGGGUACUUUACCUGACAAUUUUGAUUAUGCACAUGUUUUAUUUGAUUCAAGUGCAUUACACUCUUUUAUAGCUCGAUCUUAUACUUUGAAACGAGCCUUACCUAUUGAUACUUUCGAUUUUGAACUACAUGUGGACACCCCUUUAGGAGGGGUGAUGACUACUAGAGUUGUGUGUAGGACUGUAGAUAUUUAUAUUGAUGAUAGACAAUUGAGUGCUAACCUGUUUGUUUUAGAUAU